AUGACUCCGCUUAACAUUCUCGUCGCUUCUCUCCUGCUGAUCGUUCCGAGCGGUGUUGUUCGCUCGGCCGACGUCACGCGCAUCAUUGGCGGCCAAUUCGCUGCUCCGGGACAAUUUCCUCAUCAGGUUUCGCUGCAGUUGAACGGACGCCAUCAUUGUGGCGGCUCUCUCAUCUCGGACAGCAUGAUUGUAACUGCUGCCCACUGCACCAAGGGCCAGAAUCCGGCACAGAUGCGUGCGGUUGUGGGCACCAGCGAUCUAAGCUCCGGCACCGGCCAGACCCACAAUAUUGCCCAGUUCAUCAUACAUCCUCAGUACAAUGCGCAGACCCAAGACUUCGAUAUGUCGCUCAUUCGUCUGAGCACGCCGGUUUCGAUGGGUGGUUCCGUGCAGAGCAUCGAGUUGGCUCCGGCCGAUGCCAACUAUGCGGCCGACACCUUGGCCACCAUCAGCGGCUUUGGCGCCAUCAAUGACAAUCUUCAGCUCCCGAAUCGCCUAAAAUUCGCGCAAGUGCAGCUCUGGAGUCGCGACUAUUGCAACGCACAGAACAUUCCGGGAGUCACCGACCGCAUGAUCUGUGCUGGACAUCCAAGCGGACAAGUGAGCGCAUGCCAAGGCGAUUCCGGCGGUCCUCUGACUGUCGAUGGCAAACUAUUUGGCGUUGUAUCCUGGGGAUUUGGCUGCGGCGCAAAGGGACGCCCCGCUAUGUACACAUAUGUGGGUGCCUUGAGAUCGUGGAUUAAGCAAAAUGCAAACGUCUAG